UGAAAAAAAAAAUCUUGCGGUUUGUCUGGUAACCCGGUCUAUAAAAAAACAUAUAUAUACACAUAAACGUGGCAGCACAGAAGAAUUAGGCCAGAACCCUAAUUUUGUUGUGCAGCAAAAUUUGGCGCCGCCGACGGGAGGAAUAGAAUUAUUCGAUUAACGUAGUAGCGAUGGGGAAAUCGAUCAGAUCGAAAAGGGAGAAGAGGCUGAGGUCGAUAAGGAGAGAGAUGGUGGAGCCGAUUUACGACAAGAAGGACGCCGCGAAGCUAGCCAUCCAGGAGGCCGCCCUCGCCGCUCCCAAGCUUCCGGUUAGGUCCACUCCCUCCGCCAACGAGGCCUCCGACUCUUUCGCCGCCAUGGACGUCGAGACUGCUGAUGAUAAUCAGAGCUCUAAAUUCCUCAAGCCUAUCGGAAAGAAGCUCAAGAAGAAGAUUAAGAUUGCCAAGAAGAAGUUUCACGGCAAGGGCAAAAUCAGAAGAAAGAACGUGUAGUUUUUUUACUAGAUUUCCUCUUUCUUUGUCGCCUUUUUUGUUUCAAUCUAUUAAUGUUUUGGUACUACUUUUUGUUGAAUUGAUAUUAGGCACCGAUGAAACAUUAUAGUGUUAAUCUGUCGGGAAAAAAUCUAUUCUCACACACACGCACUCGAAACACGGAUGUGUGUAUUGGUAUAUGCUUCAUGGUUAUUCAUCUCUUAUUCUAUUUAUAUAUGAAAUACUAAAUUGGUUAA